AUGAAGAAGAGAUUGUUGCCAUUGAUUAAUUUGAGUAAGAUGAGAAAAAAAAAGGACUUUGUUCAAAAUGUGUUAGAAUUCAAUCAAAGUAUAGAUUAGUUCUAGUUAAAGAUUCUUAAUUGCAAAUUGAAGAGUAUAAAAAAACUCUUAAAGCAGAAAGAGAGAAAUAAACAUUUCAAAGAAUUAGCAAUUUAAAUAAUAUAAUUGAUUAACUUGGAUAAGAAAAAAAUAAAUAUUUACAAUCAAUUGAAAUGAUCAUUUUUAAUAUAAAGAAGUAGAUUGAAUAACUUUAAAAUGAAGAAAAAAUUUUCAUUUUAGGAAUUGAAAGCAUAAAAUCUUUUGAUUUUAGAGAAUUUUCUGAAUAAGAACAAUAAAUAAAUAAAUCCUUUUGUUUCGAAACUUUUAAGAAUAAUUUAUAGAGUAAAUUAAUGUCAUUCACAAAUUAAGAAUGUUUUUAGAGAUGCAUUGAUAUUUUAGAAAAUUUUGAUACAUCUAAAACCACCAUAUUUGAAGAUGAAUAUAGAAAUUAAAAUCAAGUCUUAAAUGUAAAAUCUUAUUGAUAAUUAUUUUUAGGGCAUUAAUCUUCUUUGUGAUGAACAUUAAGAAAAUAUUAUUUUUGUUGAUUAAAAUUAGAAUAGAGAAAAUUAGAAUAGAUUUGCUUGUGUUCUGUGUGUGGAUAAAUAUCCUAGUAAAUAUAAAUCGAUUAAAACUAUAUUUGAAGAAUGGAAGUAGAUAUAAGAAAUAAAAAAAGAAAAAAUGAAUAAAAGUUCUUUGUUAUUAAAAAAGAAGGUCAAAUAUAUUCAAGAUUAUUUUCAUGAUUUGGGAAAAAAAUUGGAAAAUAUGAUAAAAGACUUAAAUAAUGGAUUUGAUAUAAAUGUUGUUGAUUUUAUCAAUAAAUUAUAGGAUUAAUAAAAAAUAAUUAGUAUAAGUUUAAGUUGGUAAAAAUAAACUAAAGAAUAAUUACUAACAAUAAUAAAUUAAAUUAUCUAAUAGAAAGAUUAAUAAAUUUUUUAAGAUCCAUUAUAAAAUGAUUUUAUAUUAAUAGAUAGAUAAAUAAAUUAAAUAGUAAAAGAUACUGUUUUAUAGAUAAGGUAAACUUAAUUUGAUUCUUUUAAUAAAAUAAUGAUUUUUAACUAAAACUUGAAAGCAGAAUAUUAAAAUAUAUAAUCUCCACAGGAAGAGUUAUAGAUAAUAAGUUAAUCAGAAACAUCUUUUAAUAUGGCUUCUUUAGAAGUAGAAACUAGAAAGAAAUAAAACCAACAGCAAGAAAAUUAAUAAAAAAUGAAACAAUUUACUUUAAAUUCAAAAAUAAUAACUCAUUACGAAUUGAUCAAUUAAUCUUAAUUUUUAAAAAUGAAGUAACUUGCAAAUUAUAGAUUUAUUUAAUAAUGUUCAAUUACUUAAUAGGAUUAUUGUUAUGCUAUAGCAAUCAACUAAGAUUAAUCAAUAGUUAUUGCUGGAUGUUUAUCAAAGAUUUAAAUAUAUCAAUUUUAGAAUACAUAAUUAUCUAUUACUCAAGUUAUUACCUAACAUACUGAUGAUGUAAAUUGUUUAAUUUUUAUGAAACAAACAAAUUUAUUUUUAUCUGGGAGUGAUGAUAAAUCAAUAAGAAUUUGGGAAAUGAAAUAAAAUAAUCAAUGGAGUUGUUAAUAAAAGUUAGAUGGACAUCUAGGUAGUAUAUUUUGUUUAAUAUAUAAUAAAACAGAAGAUCUAAUAAUAUCUGGAAGUUUAGAUAAAACUAUUAAAUUUUGGGGAAAAAUAAAAAAUUAGAAUAAUAGAAGUUUUUAAUUUUGGGGAAAAUAAAAAGAAUGGUUGUGUACUUAAACAAUAACAACUCAUAGAAGUUAUGUAUUUAGUUUAUGUUUAAAUGAAUCUUCAACUAAAUUAAUUUCUUGUGGUAGAGAUCAUUUAAUACUUGUAAUCCAGAAAGAAAAUGAAAAUUGGGUUGUUCAUUAAACAAUAACAGUUGAAUAAUAUGGAUUGAGAGUUUGUUUCAUCAAUGAUCACACAUUUACUUUCUAACCAAGAAAUCAUAAUAAAGUGCAUAUUUAUCAAAUGUAAGAUAUGAAUUACAUUAAAACUAAAGAAAUAUUUAUUAAUAAUGGAAAUAAUUGUGAUUGUUUAUUCCCUUAAUAAUUCAUUAAAUAGAAAUCAAUACUUGUAAUUAAGAACGGAUCAAAUUUGAAUUUUAUAAAAGUCAAUCCUAAUUCUGAGUUUAUUUUAGAACAUUCUAUUGAGUUUAAUACUCAUUUUACUUAUGGAACCUUAAGUGAUGAUGGAAAAUAUCUUUUAUCUUGGGAUAGCUACACUUAAGAAUUAAAAAUAAGGAGGAAAGAGUGAAUAGC